AUGGGUUCAAUAACAAUACUAGGUAAAAAGAUAGAUAUAAGUUGGCCAGUUGUAAAGAGCAAGAUUAUAUGGUUUCUUAAAGCAUUGGUACCUCCGUUGAUACGUCUUAUAGUGACAGUAGCCAUUAUAGCAGUGGUUGCAAUCAUUAGUGUAAUCAAAUACAACAGUCCUCCCAACACCUAUCUCAGUGUAGAUCUAUCGUUUAAUUGGACCUUUGAUCCUAGAACUCUUCGAACUCUUGACCCUAAUUUCACAUACAAUGUUUUCAUGGAUACUCAUUGUCAUUCUGUUUAUUCUGAUGGAAUGUUUACACCUGAACAAUUAAUUGAAUGGCAUAUUGCUAAUGGAUAUAAUGCAAUGGUUGUAACUGAUCAUAAUACAGUCGAUGGAUCUUUGGCUGCACAAAAACUAGCCAGAGAAAAGUAUAACAAUAGUAUUAAAGUAUUAACGGGUAUGGAGUGGACCAAUUGUAGAUGUCAUUUAAAUUUUAUUGGUAUCAAUGAGACUAUUACACCCAUCAAAUUCCCAACAGACCAAGAGAUUCAAGAUGUCAUCAAUCAAGUUCAUCAACUUGGUGGAAUUGUAGUUUAUAAUCAUAAACCUUGGAGUACUUGGGCUGGAUUGGAUUUACCAAGUUUGGAUCAAUUUGCAGAAUGGGGAGUAGAUUAUUUCGAUUGUGCAAAUACAGUGUAUUAUGAUUUCCAAACUUGGUUGUGGGCAAAAUCAAGAGGUUUACCAGUGGUAGCAGCCAAUGAUUUUCAUGGUACUGGUACUUCACUAGGUUGGACCAUAUUUAAUAUUCCCAAUACGACAUAUGACGAGUCGGCACCAGUAACAGCCGACUAUUUCACAGAGGAGCAGUUAUUUGAUGCGUUUAAGCAAAAGAAUACUUCUCUUAUUUUUAAUCUUUUUGGAUCGGGACACGACACCAAUUUCGAUCUCACACUCAACCCAAAAUAUGUAGAUUAUCAACCAUGGAUAGAGAUUGGUGAAUUUUUCCAUGGAUUUUAUACUCUUGAAAGAGGAACCUACUCUUUUGUACAGGGUAAUUGUGGGCCUGGAAACGUCGUCGUCGAAGAGGCCUAUAUAAAAACAACCGUCUGGUGGUUUGUAGUAUUAUUUAUAAGUGGAGAAUUGGCCAGAGCUCUCUUUGUAUUCAUCUAUAAAAAGAUUAGAGAUUUUAUAAGAUCAAAACGAAAAAAUCAAAAAGAAGAAGUAGGUGGACCAAAUGAAAGAUUCAAAUCAGAUAUUUGGGAUUCUGAAUUUGGAAUUGUCGGAACUCCUUUAUUAAAUUAUAAAUCUUAA